AUGAGGGGUAGUCUUGAUUCUCUCGAGAUGAAUUCUGACCAUGUUGCCAAGUUGCCGAUCGAGCUGGUGCUUCAAGUCUGCCGAUAUCUUCCUUUGAGAAGUAUUGCGUGCCUGGCCUUGGCCAAGAAAUCUCUGUAUCAUGCUCAGGAUAUGCAGAACAUAUGGCGCACGCAACUGAGCCCAACUCAGCAGAUAUUUCUCUGUCCUGAAGAUUUCGCAUUACACGAGUUUGGCUCAGACUUGAAUGAACGUCGAAUGCUCCACCUUCGAAAUGAUAUUCUCAAUCAUGAGCUGCUGCUCUUUCUGGAAAUGCUAGGGCGCGAUUUGCCUAACCACUGGCGAUGCGACCUUUGCAUGAGAUUGCAUCGGAGAGUGGAGUUCACGGCGAGUGGACGUGCGUAUCGUCCUUGUAUCGCAAGUCAAACACAAGCAGUGUUUUACCGUCUGCCAGAAUGGAACUACACAAUACUCUUCGAAGAUGCGCAGCAGACAAUCAAAAGGCAUGCGAUAGGAGCACCUCACGGAAUCCCGCUGACGACAAUCCGAAGAGAUCAAGGAUGGGAGAUAGUCUGCGAUUGGCCAAUUCAAGCAUUUGCCGCCCUUGAACAGCCACCUUUGGUCUGUUAUAAACAACUGGAGAUCAGACCUGAGAUCGUGAACGGCGAAAGAGGCCCAACGCUCAACCUUUGGGCAGAGCAACGUCUGUUCUUUCCUGGGGAGUACUUGGUAAUUUUGAGACUGCGGUCGCACGAUUGGGUCAGGGAUAUUGGCCAAAGGGCGCAAACACACCUGGCAGUUUGCUGUCAUCAGCAUGACAUCGGACAGCAUGUCGCCGAGCUUUUGGAAAUUUCAAGGUCUUUACGAACAUCCAGUCCCGAACUUAGACAAUGCGACGUGUGCUUGACUGCGUAUACCUUCGUCCUCAAAGGUCACAACAAGGGUAGCUUCGAAAUCAUCUUGUCAACGUGGACCUCACUGGGAUCUUGCAGGUAUUCAUUUUCACCUGCAUGGCUGAUCAGCUCGUGGUUGUCAAGAAAACACACUUGGAUCAGAGAUCCAACAACCGCCAGACCUCCAAGACCAUUUCACAACGACCACAGCGACUUUUACGCUGACACGGAUCUGACAAGGGCUGCGAGGUUCAAACGAGACGAUAUCACCCCUCCUUCUGAUAUGCUGUGGCGUUUACGGCCGUCAAGAUCCGAAGUUCCCGAACACGAAUUUGUUCGAAUAGAUUCGGUUACUAGCACCAUAACCAGCGAGCGUAAUCGAGAUAGAGAUGUGACGGAUACGAUCCACAGAGUCCCUGCGCAGAUCGAGGAGCAAGUAAAGCCCAGUCGACAUAGAUUUGUCCUGAAAAUUUGGGUCAAGCAGAUGUGGAGGCAUCUGAAGAACCGCGAUACAAGAAAGGAACAUAGAAUACAGAAUAUAGCAUAG